GGCCGGCCACAGCCGACAUGGGCUGUUUCUGCGCUGUUCCGGAAGAAUUUUACUGCGAAGUUUUGCUUCUGAAUGAAUCCAAGUUAACCCUCACCACCCAGCAGCAGGGCAUCAAGAAGUCAACGAAAGGUUCUGUUGUCCUUGAGCAUGUAUUCCGUCACAUCAACCUUGUGGAGAUAGAUUAUUUUGGGCUGCGAUACUGUGACAGAAGCCAUCAGACGUAUUGGCUGGAUCCUGCGAAAACCCUGGCUGAACACAAAGAACUGAUCAACACUGGACCUCCAUAUACUUUGUAUUUUGGUAUUAAAUUCUAUGCCGAAGACCCAUGUAAGCUUAAAGAAGAAAUAACCAGAUAUCAGUUUUUUUUGCAGGUGAAGCAAGAUGUCCUUCAGGGCCGGCUGCCCUGCCCCGUCAACACUGCUGCUCAGCUGGGAGCAUAUGCCAUACAGUCUGAACUUGGAGAUUAUGACCCAUAUAAGCAUACUGCAGGAUACGUCUCAGAGUACCGGUUUGUUCCUGAUCAGAAGGAAGAACUUGAAGAAGCUAUAGAAAGGAUUCAUAAAACUUUAAUGGGUCAGGCUCCUUCCGAAGCAGAGCUGAAUUACUUGAGGACUGCCAAAUCCCUAGAGAUGUAUGGUGUUGACCUCCAUCCCGUCUAUGGAGAAAACAAAUCUGAGUAUUUCUUAGGAUUAACUCCAGUUGGUGUUGUUGUCUACAAGAAUAAAAAGCAAGUGGGGAAGUAUUUCUGGCCUCGGAUUACGAAAGUUCACUUCAAGGAGACACAGUUUGAACUCAGAGUACUGGGAAAAGAUUGCAAUGAAACCUCAUUCUUUUUUGAAGCUCGAAGUAAAACUGCUUGCAAGCAUCUUUGGAAGUGUAGUGUGGAACAUCAUACAUUUUUUAGAAUGCCAGAAAAUGAAUCAAAUUCAUUGUCAAGAAAACUCAGCAAGUUUGGAUCUAUGAGUUAUAAGCACCGGUAUAGUGGCAGGACAGCAUUGCAAAUGAGUCGAGAUCUUUCCAUUCAACUUCCCCGGCCAGAUCAGAAUGUGGCAAGAAGUCGAAGCAAGACUUACCCUAAGAGAAUAGCGCAAACACAGCCAGCUGGCUCAAACAGCAUAAAUCGGGUAACAGAGAACAUGGAAAAUGGAGAAAAUGAAGGAACAACUAAAAUUAUCGCACCUUCACCGAUAAAAAGCUUUAAGAAAGCAAAGAAUGAAAACAGCCCUGAUACCCAAAGAAGCAAAUCUCAUGCACCGUGGGAAGAAAAUGGCCCCCAGAGCGGACUCUACAACUCUCCCAACGAUCGCACGAAGUCCCCGAAGUUCCCCUACACACGCCGCCGAAAUCCCUCCUGUGGGAGUGACAAUGACUCUCUACAGCCCACAAGGAGGAGGAAAGCCCAUAACAGUGGUGAAGACUCAGAUCUAAAGCAAAGGAGGAGGUCGCGCUCGCGCUGUAACACAAGCAGCGGUAGUGAAUCGGAAAAUUCCAAUAGAGAACACCGGAAAAAGAGGAACAGAAUACGGCAGGAGAAUGAUAUGGUGGAUUCAGCGCCUCAGUGGGAAGCUGUAUUAAGGAGACAAAAGGAAAAAAGCCAGGCAGACCCCAACAAUAGACGAUCCAGACACAGAUCUCGCUCGAGAAGUCCCGAUAUCCAAGCAAAAGAAGAGUUAUGGAAGCAUAUUCAAAAGGAACUUGUGGAUCCUUCUGGAUUGUCAGAAGAACAGUUAAAAGAGAUUCCAUACACUAAAAUAGAGACUCAAGGUGACCCGAUCCGCAUCAGGCACUCUCAUUCCCCGCGAAGUUACCGCCAGUACCGCAGGUCCCAGUGCUCGGAUGGAGAGCGGUCGGUUCUCUCGGAAGUGAAUUCAAAAACGGAUCUCGUUCCUCCACUUCCUGUGACCCGUUCUUCAGAUGCUCAGGGUUCUGGUGGCUCCACAGUUCAUCAGAGAAGAAAUGGGUCUAAAGAUAGCCUAAUUGAAGAAAAAUCUCAGACAUCUACAAGCAAUCUGGCUGGAAAACACACAGCCAAAACAAUAAAAACUAUCCAAGCUUCACGCCUCAAGAUAGAGACUUGAUCCCAGUGAAGAAGGGCUUGGGAUGUGGGGUGGGAAGGGUUUGUGUGCCACCUUUACUUUGAAACUGUGAAUUAUAAUUAUUCAAAUCUCA